CAAUAAUGAGUGAAAUACAACACCGAGCAGAGCUGGAGAUGCGCCGAACCGAGCAAGUCCAGACACAUGCGGAGCGCAGAGCCCGGAGCGACUCUCUUCUCUCUCUCUCUCUCUCUCCCUCCCCCUCUCUCUCAGUCCGGUUUAAUACGGAUCUUCUGAUCUGCUCUCUCAAUAAACUCACUGUAUUGCAUCGUCACGCUGGGUUCUCAGCAGCGCGCUUGAUGUCUGAGCUCUGAUCCGCACUGAAGUGAAGUUCUCCGUGCGCGCGUGCUCGCGGAGACGCGACUGACUCUGGACGGACUGUGAUGUGGAAGCUGCUGAUCAGGCUGGAUCUGGUCUCAUGAGCCGGUGGUGUCUUCUGCUGUGGAAUUCUGUUUUCGCUUUGAAAACUGCUGCUUGGACAAAUGCAUACAAAUGCAUUUAGGAGCUCAACGGACAAGGAGUGGACAAGUUUCUCCCGCAACGACAACGAGAUUCCUCGUCCUCCUCCUGUCAACAUGUGCGGCGGUGCUGUCUGCAGAAGAGCGCUUAAUCGCUCAAGGUGUAGAUCUUAUUCAUCAGCUGGGCCUUUCCGGUCACAGAGAUGUACACUCUUCUGGGACAGCUUACCUCACCUCCCUUGCUACAUCCCUCUCCAUCCUGCCCCCUGGUGUUGGGGUUAUCCUCGGACGGGAUGCCCUCAUUGAGGCCCCAUCAUUGGGCCUGCUCCCCGCAGGCGUGGAGGAGGAGUUUUCCAUCGUAGUUAGUUUAAGCUCCUGGCGAGCGAACAAUGCCUUUCUUUUUAGUAUGCGUGACGGCAGGGACCGACUGCAGUUCGGCUUGCAGCUCCUGCCUGGCAGAGUAGUGGUUUACACAGGCGAGAAAGCGUCUGUCUACUUCAAGUACGAUGUGCAAGAUGGACAGUGGCAUUCCUUCUCUGUGGGGGUUCGGCCACGCUCCGUAUCACUCUAUGCACGCUGUGGAGCCGUGCAGUAUGGUGAGGAAACGCUGACACGUCCACAGACGUUGGGCUCCGAAGGCCGCCUCUCUGUGGGUAGGAUGGACUCCAGGGCAGUGCAGUUUGAAGGAGCGUUGUGCCAGCUGGAUAUCUACCCCUCAGCCCAAGCUGCGGCGAACUACUGCGACUAUGUUAAAAAACAGUGCAGACUGUCCGACACCUUCCGAUCUCUGUCAGGGAGCACAGAGUCCCAAUUCCCAUCAGUGUCACCUUCCCCAAAGUUCCACCGCAGCUCUUCUGAAUCACACACUCUGGGAUUUAUCCCAACUCUUGCUGAUCACUCCACUACGACCACCAACUCUUAUCCCACAGCACUUUAUGACCAGCUUUCAACCACAAGCGCUCCGAUAUUUCACUCCAGCACACCUAGGCUAAUGAAAACAUCUCCAAGACCCAUCAAUAAGGUGCAAUCCCUGGCCUUGACUCCGGAGACUACAACCAGCAACCCAGACAAGAACCUUGACGGUGAAAAACACACAGAGAAUAAGCCACUCCUUAAGAAGCCAAGAGCAACUCGGGCCACCCCGGACUUGAUCACCAUCGUCAAGCAGAGCCGUUUGAAAGAGGCCUUGAGGAAUGAUGAUAGAUCCCACCAAUCCAACAAGGAGCUUCUGCAGACCAAGAUUAAAGUCAAUGGCACCGUCCUGUACCGUGAAGAGAGCAGCUAUAACCUAGUGGACCAAUCCGAGGAACAGGUCCAGGAGGGGAUGCCCGACACAGGAUACACGGAGGGUUAUGGAUACGACUAUGGUUUCGAAGAAGAUGAAGAUUUCUUUGACUAUGAUGUUGGUCCUAAAGGAGAACCGGGUCCUCCAGGCCCCGCCGGCCCCCCGGGUCUCCCCGGACCUCCUGGAAAGAGAGGACCGCGGGGUCCGUCUGGUCCUCACGGGAGCCCCGGGCCGCCUGGUUUACCUGGUCCGAAGGGAGCAAAAGGAGAUCCUGGACUGUCCCCGGGACAGGCGUCUGCGGGUGAACAGGGUGAAAGAGGACGGCCAGGUCCACAGGGUCCUCAAGGUGAACCAGGUCUGAAGGGUCCCAAAGGCUAUCCAGGACCGGCAGGUCUGCCCGGAGAACAGGGUUUGCCAGGAUUGCCAGGCGUAUCUGGGGCAGCAGGUUACCCUGGCAGGCAGGGUUUGGGAGGACCAGAGGGAAACCAAGGACCUAAAGGUGUCAAUGGCUUCAUCGGACCUCCAGGAGUUGCAGGACCGCCAGGACUGGAGGGGGAGAGAGGAAUUCCGGGUCCGGUGGGAAACAAGGGUCCCAAAGGAAGACAGGGUGUUGUUGGCGACGCGGGUGAGAGAGGACCGCCUGGACCCGACGGAAACCAGGGGCCUGUCGGAGGAACCGGCAGCAGUGGAUUCCCAGGCCUGAGAGGCGAUCCUGGGCCCGAGGGACCCCGCGGGUUUCCUGGCAUUGUGGGACCUCAGGGCCUCGGCGGAGGGGUGGGGCCGCCUGGAAUGAAAGGUGAUAAGGGUGAGCCUGGAUUGAGGGGUGAACCAGGAGAAAAUGGUUAUCAGGGCGACAAGGGAACGGCUGGUAAUCCCGGCCCAACAGGACCACGUGGAAAACCAGGACCGAUUGGGAAAACAGGUGAACCGGGACCUCAAGGGCCUCCGGGGCCACCAGGACCUGAGGGUUUCCCAGGAGACAUUGGUGCACCAGGACCGAACGGCCCCCCGGGACCAAAGGGUGUUCAAGGAGCCCGGGGCCCCCAGGGACCACCAGGGCCAAAAGGAACAGAGGGAGACGAAGGCCCUCCGGGUCCACCAGGAAAGCCUGGUCCCAAUGGCAGAAUUGGUCGGAAAGGUUUCAUCGGUGAACCAGGACCUGAAGGCCUGAAGGGAGAAACUGGUGACCUGGGGAAUGCUGGGAAAAAUGGCCCUCCUGGUCCAGUGGGAAUGAUCGGAAUAACCGGAGUGGUCGGACAACCUGGAGAAAAGGGUGAUCGAGGUCCUCCGGGUCCUUUGGGUCCUCCAGGAGAGAAAGGUUCAACAGGUUAUCCGGGUCUUCCAGGAGGUCCUGGAGAUUUUGGCCCACAAGGUCCACCAGGUCCACAAGGGCCGAGAGGAGCAGCAGGCGUUCCCGGGCCCAAAGGACGGAGGGGCCUGAGAGGACCUGACGGCCCUCCAGGAGAACCGGGCCAUGAGGGCGUAAAGGGUGAAAAGGGAUCUGCGGGGAGGAAUGGAGCUCCGGGAUUCAUCGGUAAAGCUGGAGGUCCAGGGAAGAGAGGAGCAGCAGGAGCUCCUGGUAAAGCAGGUCCACCCGGCAGCACAGGUGAAAAAGGUCCUCCAGGUGAACCUGGGUCCAGAGGCCCUCCGGGGGACGCGGGACCAGAUGGAGAGCAAGGUCACGAGGGACCUCCAGGACCUGAAGGAGAGCAGGGGCCUGUGGGUGAACCUGGACUCAAGGGUGAAUUGGGGCCUGUCGGAGACGAGGGUGAACUGGGCCAACUGGGCAUCAGAGGUCCUCCAGGGCCACCCGGAGAGGACGGACAUCAAGGGAAGGACGGACCUAAGGGCGAGCCAGGUGACCGUGGACCAAUAGGAGAAGCCGGGGAAAGGGGCGAGAUCGGUGACUCCGGCCCACCAGGACUUCCUGGAGAUGCUGGGGCAAAAGGCUUCCCGGGGCCCGAGGGCAAACAGGGUCUGCCAGGCAACCGCGGACGUCCAGGAAAGAAGGGUGAGAAAGGGCCGCCUGGUCACCUGGGAGAAAUGGGCUCGCCAGGCGAAAUCGGACAGACUGGGGAGAGAGGACUCAAAGGUGCUCGUGGAACCAGAGGACCCGCAGGUCGACCUGGAGUUAUGGGUCCUCAGGGAGAGCCGGGACUGCAAGGUUAUGAAGGUCACACUGGCAAGCAAGGUCCAGCAGGCCCCCCGGGACCAAAGGGAGAGAAGGGUUACCCAGGAGAAGACAGUAAAAUGGCAGGACCGCCCGGGCCCUUAGGUGAACCAGGCACUCCAGGAGAGAAAGGUGAACGUGGGGAACCAGGAGAUGAUGGAUAUCAGGGUCACGCAGGGGUCGGCCGGCGCUCGGGGAGCCCUCGGUCAGCAGGGAUCUCCUGGUCCAGUGGGUUUGCCGGGGCCCAGAGGGAUGACGGGUAUCCGGGAUCCGACGGGCUUCCUGGUCUUCCUGGUUUACCAGGUCUCCCUGGAUCGAAAGGCCGAACAGGUCACCGUGGUGAUACCGGUCUAGAGGGCAGGGCGGGACUUCCUGGCCCGCGGGGUGAGCUCGGACUUCCAGGUGUGGUCGGAGAGAGAGGGCCAGUGGGGUUAAAGGGCGAGACGGGUUUACCGGGCGACAGAGGACCUGCAGGUGUGAAAGGCAUAGAGGGGGUAACGGGAGACCAGGGCAUGAAAGGAGAGCAAGGUGCCAAAGGACAACCAGGUGAGGUGGGAGAUGUCGGCAUGCUGGGACUCCAAGGUUUUCCGGGUCCCAAGGGUCCGAACGGAGACUUGGGAUUCUCCGGUAUCCCUGGACUCAAAGGGCCGACCGGUGUUCUGGGUUUCUCCGGUCCUGUAGGUCCGGUGGGAAUGAUCGGUCCGGUGGGAAAGCCUGGUGCCAGAGGGCCCAAAGGAAGCCGUGGAGAGAUGGGGCCUCAGGGGCCACAGGGCAGUCCAGGGCCACAGGGACCUCCAGGUUCGCCCGGCCCAUCGAGACGCAUCGGUAUGGACGCUCAAGCCCUGAUGGAGUCCAGAGAACAUCUGCAGCUGGAGAGUUACCAGAACACAGACACGUCUCUGUCCGAGCAGAAUGCUGAGAUCUUGCGAACGCUGCAGUAUCUGAGUGGCGUCAUCCACACCAUGAAAACACCUCUGGGCACACGAGAAAACCCUGCCCGCUUCUGCAGAGAUCUGCUGGACUGUCAGCGCGAGAUGAGCGACGGACUGUUCUGGAUCGAUCCGAAUCUGGGAUGCACGUCUGACGCCAUCCAGGUGUUCUGUAACUUCACCGCAGGUGGACAGACCUGCUUGAACCCCAUCACCACUGAAAAGGCCGCGUUUGAUGUUGGGAAAGUCCAGAUGAAGUUCUUACACUUGCUGAGCGUCACAGUCACUCAGACCGUUUCCCUCCACUGCUUCAAUGACCCGGCGACGACUGCCACGGAGACGCCACGGGCCUUGCGUUUCCGGGGUUGGAACGGUCAAGUGUUCGAGGAAGACUCACCUUUGAGUCCUCAAGUGGUUCUGGACAACUGUGAGAUCCGUGACGGCAGCUGGCAUCAGUCUCGAUUCCGGUUUCAAACGCAGGAUACUCAGCAGCUUCCCAUCGUGGACAUUCAAGGUCUCCAUCCCUCACGUCCAGGAGACCAGCGGCACUUGGAAGUGGGUCCUGUUUGCUUCCUGUGAAAUCACUGAAGGACUUCGUCUCCGAAUAGAUCCAUCGGUGAACUGAACGACUGCAGCGAAGAACAAACGCUUCUCGAGCCCGAGACAUCGGUUCAUCCACGUUCAUCGAGAGACUGCUGUUGUGUUUUGUCUGUUGUGGUUCAGUCUCGGGUGUAGUUUGCAGGCAAACAAUCCUUGUGGAUUGUGCGUUCGAUCUCGAAUCAUUGCUAGUUAAAGUGUCAAACAAGGUUGUUCUUGUUAAGAAACUAUGAAAAGGCCGACCUGGACUCUUUAGACGGUGCUCUACCUCCUUCACGUACAUGUGCUCGUGUUCAGGUGCAUCAAGCCCGAAACAAACUCUAUGCAAGUACUCGAAUGCAAACUUGAUUUUGUGCAUCAUCGUCUGGAUUCAAAUUAGACCAGUCUAUGGAUUUAUAUAACUUACUUUAAAAAAUGAUGACUGGUCUUAAAGAAAAAAAUUUAAAAAACUAACUGUUAAGACUCAUCUAAGCAAUUUAUGCAACAGUUUGAAGACAAUCUUGCUGAGCAAGUUACUUAACAUUAAAGAACACUAGUUAUGUUUCCAUCCACAUAUUCUCAUGCAAAUUUUUAUUUAUGUGUUUCCAUCGUAGGUUAUGCACGUCUUCUUAUCGGAUAAAAAAUUUGUCUGCCUCAAUUGAGCGUAUACAUUUUUUAUGAAUUUCUGCGCAUCUUGGCCUUUCCAUCCAAAGUUUUUUUAUGCGACAUCCCAAAAUGUGCAGGAAAAUAGGUGGAUGUAAAGAUAGCUAGACAGUGACAUUUGAAGGAAUCACUUUGAGUGCCCAUGUACAUCGAUCAGUCAUUCGCAUCUGUGUAUUUGCAUACAUUAUGUUUCUGGUCAUAGGGUGUUUGUUUGUGCUGGCUUCUUCUGUUGUACUUUUGCGUUUGGUCAUUUCGAUCAGAACAAACCUAAUUUAUAUGAACAGUGUGUUGAUAAGUUAUGUUAUACAUCAGCUUAAUAUACUUUAUACGUUAAAGAGAACGUCGCUCAUGACCCUUAAAGAGACGCCGCGAGUAUCAGCCUGAUGAAAACAAUAACGAGGAUACUUGAUGGAAUUUUUUGUCGGAGAAUGGUUAUUUGAAACCAUUUUAAAUGUUCCCAGGUGCUAAAAAUGUGAAUUUACAUGCUUUACAAAAACAAAAUCUUAUAUUCGUGACAUCUCUAAUGUCCUAACCAGACGCGAUGCAAUAAAAUUCCAGUAACGUGACUAAGAGACACCACAGAAUAAAUAAAAAAUCACAGCCAAUCAGAAGAGCGUGUGGGCGGAGUCUCUCUGCAAGCGCACUGCGCUCGCAACCAAAUCGAUCCAAAAUCACAGCCAAUCAGAAGAGCGUGUGGGCGGAGUCUCUCUGCAAGCGCACUGCGCUCGCAACCAAAUCGAUCCAAAAUCACAGCCAAUCAGAAGAGCGUGUGGGCGGAGUCUCUCUGCAAGCGCACUGCGCUCGCAACCAAAUCGAUCCAAAAUCACAGCCAAUCAGAAGAGCGUGUGGGCGGAGUCUCUCUGCAAGCGCACUGCACUCACAACCAAAUGGAAAGUAUAUAAUCAAAUUCUAAAAUAUUAUACCAUUUUAACAUUAUUAAAAAUAUACUGAGUGGCUGAAAAGACACGCCUUUUAUCGCGUGUUGUUGCAUCGCAUCAGGUUAGGAUAUGGCGUCAGGGUCAGCGACUUCUCCGUGGUGCUGCAGUAUUCAGCGUUAGCAAUGAGUUAGUCAUUUUUUAUUUUUUAUUUUCCUCUUAUGUAUAUUUGGACAUUAUAUGUUUGUUUAUUUAUGUUAUCUUUUUAUUUCUCCAAAAAAUACUGUACUCCAAUAAAUUAUGAUAUCUCUCAGAGAUCUAUCUGGUCACCUGCCAUUUAGUUCGAAAUCUUAUUUAUGUCAAAUUUGUAUUUGUAUAUAAACACAAAUAAGGAGUAUAUGUGUUCUGGCAGCUGCGAUUGGCCAGAUUCAGAUCACGUGAUCACACACAGGAAGUGUAACACCUGUUAACUUAUGAUUACAGUAUCAAAACUGUCACUAAAUGUGCCUACAGAAACAAAACAAAGACGAAAAUGUAAAUAUUUAAUAUUUUGACAUUAAAUAAAAUGUAUGAUUUAAUCACAA